AACACAACCAAACCAACCUUGACAAAGGAAGCUGUAUAGAUAUUGGCAGAUCACCAUGAUGGGCUUGAACAAUAGUCAGAAGAUAGUCCAAUCGACUCCGCUGGUGGCACAGCGGCCGAAACGAGCCUCCAGCAGCUCCAGUCUCCCCAAACGAUCCUCCAGUAGUAGUAAUGGUGGUCGUUUCGUCUUGUCUCCAAAACUGCUGCUCUCCUACAUUGUGAUUGGGGCAGCCUGUUUUUAUUCGGGUAUUUUCGUUGGGGCACACACGGCAAUCCACACAUCCGAGUCCGAAUCAUCCGCAUCAGCACCAAUGGCUAUUGACAGCUGCAAGGAACAAGAAGACAAAAUGAUGGAUAAAAUCAAGAGACAAGAACACCGCAUCAAAAGUCUGCAAGAAAAAUUACAAAAAGCAAAGAGUGAUCCUCAAAAAGAGCAGCCACAAGCCCGACAAGCCAGAGAAGAGUCACCCGCCGAAGACACACAACCUCGAUUUCCCCAAGGCAUGCAAGCUUACAUGGGUGGAUUAGCGGCCGUCGACCGAUUGGCAUUUGCCAAGAAAUUCGACGUGGGAGUGGCACUCGACCAAAAUUCCAAAGGCAACGAACAAGUACUUCUACUGUACGCGCAUCCGGAUGCGGCGCCAAAAUCCGAUCCCUUCAAGGCGGCCGAAGCCACCAGCAAUACCAAGAUACCCGAUUUGGGCGAAGAUGUGGAAAUGGCGACGGAAAAUUGUGAUUUGCUCAAUCUGAUCUUGACACAACCCAAUGAACGACAGCAAUGUUUUGCGUUCAUGGGACAGUACCGAAGUUAUCAUAUUCAGAAAUUCUUGAGACUGCCCGUUGAUGGAGGUCGUUUGGACCGAAAUGUACCCCUGCGGUUGCUCAAUCGAGGAGCACAAACGUCGGGACGAUUGUCCGUAAAGGUCCCUCGCAAAGAGAACACGCAAGAUUAUUGGAAAACGCUGACGACAUAUUUGCAAACUCUGGAUGCGACAUUGGAAACGUUAAAGCCAUUUGCUUCCAAAGCAGCAUCCGCCAACAAAAACAAUGCUGUGAUUGUCUUGGUUUGCAAUCAUGGGCAAUCCGAGAUCCUCAUGAAUUUUGUCUGUGUCGCUCGGGCCAGAAAUGUCGAUCUCGCGUCUGUUCUGGUCUUUGCAACCGAUGAAGAAACCAGAGACCUCGCUCUGGGGCUUGGAGUCAAUGCAUUUUAUGAUGAAACUAACUAUGGGCAUAUACCAAAGAAAGCCGCCGGAAGAUAUGCUGACCGUACUUUCACAGCAGUCAUGAUGGCAAAGGUUUACUGCGUGCAAAUGACACUCAUGCUGGACCAUGAUGUGCUCUUUUUGGAUGUCGACAUUGCACUAUAUAGGAAUCCAUUGGAGUUCUUUCACGACGAGGCUUCGGGCAACUAUGAUAUUUACUUUCAGGAUGACGGUGCCAGAGGACUGUUCUACGCUCCAUACUCUGCCAACACUGGCAUGUACUAUAUACGCAACAAUGACAGGACACGAUACUUUAUCAACAGUCUAUUGCUGUCUGGUGACUUGAUCACAGCAACUCACAGUCAUCAAAUUGCCCUCAUAUCCCUGCUCAAUGAACAUGCAUCACUGUACAAUCUAAAGGUCAAGAUUUUGUCCAGGGAUGCUGACGAGUUUCCAGGAGGCUUCACUUAUCACAAGCGCUUCGACUACAUGCGAAACUUGUUUGCGGGCAAAGUGAAACCAUACUUGUUCCACAUGAGCUGGACAGAAAACAAGAAAAACAAGCAAAGCUUCUUUAAGCAAAUGGGAAACUGGUACUUGGAGGAAAAAUGCGUUGCCAGCACUGUGGAAGAAAUCACAAGGAAGGACAAGAAAAUCCGAAGAAGCAAUUCCCACGCUUAUCUUGCAGAGCCAUGCUGCUCUAAAGAACCCCUGGUAUCUUGCUCAUACCGAGACAAGCCCAGCGUCAUUCCCUGCAAAGACAGUCCACCUUUGGACAAGGGCAAAAAGUCCUUUUGGUAGUGACAAUGUGGUUGGUUAUCCUGUUGAAACGAUCACAAGCACACUUACUUGUUCCAUUGCCUCUGAAAAGGGAUCUUGGCAGAAACUGUUCGUGUUUCCCGGUUGAGGAUCAGCAAUCUCUGGAGCUUCAGGCAGCACUCGCACACGUGUUCUAGCUCGAGCCACUUCAAAGCGAGCUUGGCAAGCGAUGUUAGCGUUGCCCAGUUGACCGGUCAAAGGCUCGAGAGCCUUAAAAAUAAUCUCAACUGGGACAGAUAGACAUCGACUGAACACGAGAUUGAGGUCGACUUUCGCCCUUGAUCUAGUAGGACUGCGUCACUCAUAACCUGCAUACCUGAUCAGGCAAAGACAAGGCGGAGUGAAUGCUACAUAUGACUCGUGCUAUGGAUAGAUGAGUAGAAAGGUUGGGGCUUGGGUGUGUGACUAAA